AUGCCGCUAUCCUACGAGCACUGGCGGCGGUUCGGCCCGCUAGCGGCGGGUGCGCUGUUCGGUGCGGCGUGGUGGAUAUGGGUGGACGCCGUCGUGUGCAAUUCCUCCACCGUGCCCUUCCUGCACUACGUCCCAGGUACCGCCUCCCCAGGUACCCCCUCCCCCUGCCGCACUGCGUCCCAGGUUUCCGCCUCCCCCUGCCGCACUACGUACCGCCUCCCCCUGCCGCACUACGUCUCAGGUACCGCCUCCCCUGCCGCACUACGUCUCAGGUACCGCCUCCCCCUGCCGCACUACGUCCCAGGUACCGCCUCCCCCUGCCGCACUGCGUCCCAGGCACCGCCUCCCCCUGCCGCACUGCGUCCCAGGUACCGCCUCCCCCUGCCGCACUGCGUCCCAGGUACCGCCUCCCCCUGUCGCACUGCGUCCCAGGUACCGCCUCCCCCUACCGCACUACGUCCCAGGUACCGCCUCCCCCUGCUGCGCUACAUGAUUGCGUCCAAUUCCACCUUCCCUUUUCCCACCAGCCCGUCCUCCCCCCCUUCCUCAUUUGGCCCCCACCCUCCUUACCCCUAUCGCCUCGUUACAGGCAUAUUCGCUACUGUGGCGGCGAUGAUGUUCAACGCCGUGCACCGCGACGAGCUGCACGACUACUCGCCCUACGACGACGGCGCCGGCUGCAGGUCCCCCCUGCACCACUCACCCACACUCCUUCCUCCUCCGCCCCCCCUUCUCAAGCGACUCUGGCCCCAACCUGCCAUCACGCCACAAGUGCACACCAAUUGCAUAUCUUUCUCCCCUGCGCCCCCCUCCCCCACCGCCCUCCCCCACCGUCCCUCCCCACGCUCCCCCUCCACCCCUCCGCCCAGGUCGCGCACGUGGCUCUUCCUGGCAUACGUCAUCGCCUUUGCAUCGCUGGCGGGGGCGGCGGGGAUGCUCAUAAAGGACGCAUCGCCGCCCAGCACGUCCUCCUGGCCCGGCGCUGCAGGCGUCUUCCAGUGCGCCUUCAUCAUCGCCAGGUGCGUGUGUGCUGCCAGGUGCGUGUGUGCUGCCAGGGCGUGUGUGCUGCCAGGUGCGUGUGUGCUGCCAGGUGCGUGUGUGCUGCCAGGGCGUGUGUGCUGCCAGGUGCGUGUGUGCUGCCAGGUGCGAUAUUUUGGGCCUGUCAUGGGUCUCCAAUGCGCUUUCAUCAUCCCCAGCUGUGCGGAUUCAUUAUCUGUCAUCUGCCCCUUAUCUGCCCGCAUACACUCUGCUUCAACCACCCACCUUUCUGCUUACUCGCCCCUGUCUCCCCUCCUCCCCCCCCCUGCAGUGGCCUUGUGUACUGGCUCUCACGCUCCUCAGAGUCAUCGCCCUCCUACUUCUGACUCCAUGCUCAUAACCUCAUCUGCCAGUCAUAACCACCCACUGUUCUCUCUUCUCUCAAGCACUGCUAUUGCUGCUCUCCCCAUGCGGCUGCUUCAGUCCUCCCACCAUCGCCUACCACCUAAGCUGCUCCCUUUGCUGCUCCUGGGAAGGCAAAUGCCUUGCCUGCUGUUGAUGGGAUCUGCUUCAGGCUCAUCUCAUCGUUCUCUUUCGAGGCGCCGCCCUCACUACUUGUACAGAUGA